GUAUGCACACUUCUUGCAGAUCAAUAAUACUAAGCGCAGUGGAAAACAGGAAAAAAUAUUUUAUACCUAGUUUAAAUCUGGAACUAAUUGUUAAAAGUGAUUGAAAUCUGGCACACAAAUCAACAAAAUACUUCUGGACGAUUGUUGAAACACAUGCUACUAUUUAAAAUUGCAAAGAGCCAUUGAAAAUUUGCUAACAUGGAUUCGCUUAUACCCAUUGUCAAUAAACUGCAAGAUGCGUUCACUCAAAUGGGUGUUCACAUGCAACUGGAUUUACCACAAAUUGCCGUGGUGGGUGGACAAUCUGCAGGAAAAUCGUCCGUUUUGGAGAAUUUCGUGGGAAAGGACUUUCUUCCUAGAGGGUCUGGCAUUGUUACCCGACGACCACUGAUAUUACAACUUAUCAAUGGAACUGUCGAAUAUGGAGAGUUUCUUCAUCUAAAGGGUAGGAAACUUACUAACUUUGAUGAAAUUAGACAAGAAAUUGAAGCGGAGACCGAUCGAGUAACAGGAAGCAACAAAGGUAUUUCGAACAUUCCAAUCAACCUUCGAGUGUAUUCUCCGCAUGUUUUGAACCUUACUCUUAUUGAUCUGCCUGGCUUGACUAAAGUGCCCAUCGGAGAUCAGCCGCCAGAUAUCGAAAACCAAAUUAAAGGAAUGAUUUUCCAAUUCAUUCGGAAGGAGACUUGCCUAGUUUUGGCUGUCACUCCAGCCAACACGGAUUUGGCUAAUUCAGAUGCCCUUAAGCUAGCAAAAGAAGUGGACCCGCAAGGUGUGCGAACAAUUGGUGUUAUCACGAAGUUAGAUUUGAUGGAUGAGGGCACGGAUGCUCGCGAUAUAUUGGAAAAUAAACUACUACCAUUGCGCCGUGGUUACAUUGGUGUAGUGAAUCGUUCACAAAAGGAUAUUGAAGGUCGGAAGGAUAUAGUUGCAGCGCUUGCCGCCGAACGUAAAUUUUUCCUCAGUCAUCCGAGCUAUAGACAUAUUGCUGAUCGAUUAGGAACACCAUACUUGCAAAAAGUUUUAAAUCAGCAACUGACUAAUCAUAUCCGAGAUACACUACCCGGAUUGCGAGAUCGUUUGCAAAAGCAAUAUCUGACCUUGGAAAAAGAUGUCGAGCAAUUUAAACAUUUUCGACCUGAUGACCCCAGCAUCAAAACAAAGGCUAUGUUGCAAAUGAUACAGCAACUGCAGUCUGACUUCGAACGAACCAUCGAAGGCUCUGGAUCAGCUCUAGUCAAUACCAAUGAGUUGUCCGGCGGAGCUAAGAUCAAUAGGAUAUUCCACGAGCGAUUGCGGUUUGAAAUCGUAAAGAUGUCAUGCGACGAGAAGGAGUUGCGAAGGGAAAUUUCAUUCGCAAUUCGUAACAUCCACGGUAUUCGAGUAGGAUUGUUCACACCGGACAUGGCUUUUGAAGCGAUCGUAAAGAAACAAAUUUCACAACUGAAAGAGCCUAUCCUGAAAUGUAUCGAUUUGGCAGUGCAGGAACUGUCCAAUGUCGUGAGAAUAUGCACAGAUAAGAUGGCACGUUACCCUAGACUCAGAGAUGAAACAGAACGCAUCAUAACAACUCACAUAAGAAAUUGCGAACAACGAGCCAAAGAGCAGCUGCUGCUGAUGAUUGACUACGAACUUGCGUACAUGAAUACGAAUCAUGAGGAUUUCAUCGGAUUCGCAAACGCUCAAAACAAGACGGAAAAUACUGCGAAAACAGGCACGCGAAGUCUUGGAAAUCAAGUGAUACGUAAAGGACACAUGUGCAUUCAAAAUCUAGGAAUAAUGAAAGGUGGUUCCAGGCCGUACUGGUUUGUUUUAACAUCGGAAAGUAUUUCUUGGUUUAAGGAUGAAGAUGAAAAGGAGAAGAAGUAUAUGCUACCACUUGAUGGACUCAAACUGAGAGACAUUGAACAAGGCUUCAUGUCUCGACGCCAUACUUUUGCCCUUUUCAACCCUGAAGGUCGCAACGUGUACAAGGAUUACAAACAACUGGAACUGUCGUGUGAAAGCACCGAUGAUGUCGAUUCUUGGAAGGCAUCAUUUUUACGAGCUGGUGUUUAUCCAGAAAAAGAUUCGUCUGCUAACGGCGAGGAUGAUGAAGGAACUGAGGAAACCAGCGAUGUUGGUCAGACAAGCUCCCUUGACCCGCAACUUGAACGUCAAGUUGAAACCAUUCGCAAUCUAGUGGAUUCAUACAUGAAGAUCGUAACAAAAACUACUCGCGAUAUGGUACCGAAAGCUAUCAUGAUGCUUAUUAUUAACAACUGCAAAGACUUUAUCAAUGGCGAACUUUUGGCCCAUCUCUACGCUUCUGGCGACCAGGCUUCAAUGAUGGAAGAAAGUCAAGAAGAAGCUCAGAAACGAGAGGAAAUGCUAAGAAUGUAUCACGCAUGUAAAGAAGCUCUCAGGAUCAUAGGUGAUGUUUCAAUGGCAACAUUCUCUACCCCUGUCCCACCACCUGUAAAGAACGACUGGCUUUCUAGUGGCCUUGAUAAUCCAAGGUUAUCACCUCCCAGUCCUGGGGGUCCACGGAAAAAUGUACCUGUGCAACAGAUUUCACAGGGCUCAAUAGGAUCAGCCGGUGCUCCCGCUAGCACUGGCCGAGGUCCACCACCAGCUCCAGCGAGUGCUAGACCAGCACCAGCCAUUCCUAAUAGGCCAGGUGGAGGAAGCGCACCUCCUCUACCGCAGGGUAGACCUGGUGGCCAAGCCCUUCCGGCCCCUCUCAUUCCAUCGCGGCGUUAAGCGUGAAUCACAAUAGUCUUACAAAAAAAUCUACUAGCAUAACAGCAUUUGUGUAAUCUGGCUCCAUAAUUGUAGUUUCUUCCGACGAAAUUCUGAGAAAACAACGUAUUAAAAACAAAAAUCAUAAUAAUAUCAGAACUAUUGUAAAUUCACAAGUAAAGAUAAUAACCUACAACACAAAACGCCUGUAGAAUCUAUUGUUUCGCUUAAAAUUCAAUCUAAAAGUUCAAUGUACAGUAAACAAGAAGUGUUUAUAAGUAGAAACAUACAUGUAAAAUAUCAGAAGGUAACAGCUAUAUCGUUAUAUAAAAGUGAUUGCCUUGUUAGAAGGUCAAGGGCAUCAUCUAUAUGUGAAAAUACGCUAAAAUAUAACCAAUCAUUGCUAUAAUGACGUAGCUAAUUGUUUGAAGAAUAGGUAAACAAAUAUAACGUUAAUUUGCAAUACAAAUGACAGUUCGCAACCUUAGAAUAGAAAUCAUCAUCUAUCAUGGAAACAACUAUCGAUGAAAAAGUAAAAACUAAUGUACCUACUUGUUUGACAAAAUAAAAUGAUUCAUUCUGAGGUUGCAAAUUAGACAAAUCGUUUUCAAGUGAUAGUAUUCUUAAUUGUUCAAAAACAAAUCUGCUCUAUAAUUUUGUUU